AUGGUGAGUGGGAGCAUCAGCCGCCAAGUCCACCGAGAUCACUCGGAGAAGAGCCUGGGCCAUGUGGCCGCUGCAGGAGCCCCACAGUGCAAGGGACACACUGCUGCAGCCCCGCGGGGGGUGAGGGAGGCAGCACCUGGGGUGCAGGGCGGGCAGCUGCUGCAACACCGGCUCUAUCCCAAGCCCAAGGACGGCAUCCCAGAGAUGCAGGAGAGCUUUGUCCAGAGAAGGUCCCAGCCCUCAGGGAUCCUGCUGGACAGGUCUCCACCCUCUGCCCUUCAAGGGGCCCUAUGGGCCUCCGGGGCCUGGCGCCUGGACCAGGUCCCCCUGGGGAAAUUGGGCCCCUCCCUGAGCCACCGGCGGCCCACCGCCCCCUUUCCACCUGGGACCGAGCAUCCUCCAGAGGGCCAGCCCUCCUGCAGGAACACCAUGCCCAGCCCCAGGACCCUCCCUCAACUCUCCAGCAAGGCUGCCCCUGCACAUCCCGCAGCAGCCCAUGCUGUGAUACCAGGAUCGGGGGAUGGCUUGGGGACAAAGCUGUUCUACCUCAGAUCAUUAGGCAUUAGGGUGUCACGAGGAGUGUGCAACUUAGAUCCCGGGAAUCUGCGGCUCGCAAUAGGGUUCGCUCCUGCUCUGGCCAACUCUGCCCAGGCCCUGAAUGGGCCCCUCUGGCUGCCCUCUGCUGCUACACUGCCCUGCACCACCUCCACACAGCUUCAAAACCACCAGAAGAAAAGGGAACUGCAGGAAGUAAGUGGUGCCACUGGUUUCAAUCCUGUUCUUAGUCUUUGCAGCGUGGAGUUCACACCCCUGGGGACCUGGGACCUGAGCUGUGAUUUCCUAGGAAGACAAAUGGCAGCUGACGGCGGGGGCGGGGCUGCCUACAUGUACCGCGCCAGAACAGGAAGGGCUGAGACCCCCACCUUGUGGGGCAGGGAGGGGGCUAAGGUGAGGCAGGUGGCGCCAGCCAGGUGCACACCCAAUGCCCGUGAGCCCAGACACUGGACCCUGCCUGGACCAUCGCGGACAGACAAGAACCGAGGGGCCUCUGCACCCUGGGCCCAGCUCUGUCCCACACCGCGGUCACGUGGCACCACCUCUCUUGCAGCUUCCACCAAGGGCCCAUCGGUCUUCCCCCUGGCGCCCUGCUCCAGGAGCACCUCCGAGAGCACAGCGGCCCUGGGCUGCCUGGUCAAGGACUACUUCCCCGAACCGGUGACCGUGUCGUGGAACUCAGGCGCCCUGACCAGCGGCGUGCACACCUUCCCGGCUGUCCUACAGUCCUCAGGACUCUACUCCCUCAGCAGCGUGGUGACCGUGCCCUCCAGCAGCUUGGGCACCCAGACCUACACCUGCAACGUAGAUCACAAGCCCAGCAACACCAAGGUGGACAAGAGAGUUGAGUCCAAAUAUGGUCCCCCGUGCCCACGGUGCCCAGCACCUGAAUUCCUGGGGGGACCGUCAGUCUUCCUCUUCCCCCCAAAACCCAAGGACACCCUCAUGAUCUCCCGGACCCCUGAGGUCACGUGUGUGGUGGUGGAUGUGAGCCAGGAAGACCCCGAGGUCCAGUUCAACUGGUACGUGGACGGCGUGGAGGUGCAUAAUGCCAAGACAAAGCCACGGGAGGAGCAGUUCAACAGCACGUUCCGUGUGGUCAGCGUCCUCACCGUCGUGCACCAGGACUGGCUGAAUGGCAAGGAGUACAAGUGCAAGGUCUCCAGCAAAGGCCUCCCGUCCUCCAUCGAGAAAACCAUCUCCAAAGCCAAAGGGCAGCCCCGAGAACCACAGGUGUACACCCUGCCCCCAUCCCAGGAGGAGAUGACCAAGGACCAGGUCAGCCUGACCUGCCUGGUCAAAGGCUUCUACCCCAGCGACAUCGCCGUGGAGUGGGAGAGCAGCGGGCAGCCGGAGAACAACUACAAGACCACGCCUCCCGUGCUGGACUCCGACGGCUCCUUCUUCCUCUACAGCAGGCUAACCGUGGACAAGAGCAGGUGGCAGCAGGGGAACGUCUUCUCAUGCUCCGUGAUGCAUGAGGCUCUGCACAACCACUUCACGCAGAAGAGCCUCUCCCUGUCUCUGGGUAAAUGAGUGCCACGGCCGGCAAGCCCCCGCUCCCCGGGCUCUCGGGGUCACGCGAGGAUGCUUGGCACGCACCCCGUGUACAUACUUCCCGGGCGCCCAGCAUGGAAAUAAAGCACCCAGCGCUGCCCUGGGCCC